GCGUCGAGUUGCACUUCGCUAGCAUCCGGCCUUCGGAGGCCGGUGUUUACGUCUGCACCUGCCGAAACCCCCACUUUACCAACUCCAGCCGCAGCGAGGUCGUUGUCACAGGUGAGGCGGAAGCUACUCAGAAACUGGGCUGCCAGGCGCAGGGAGGCAUCGCAGAAGGCCCCAGCAAGGCCAUCUCCGUGACGGUGGAAGAGCAGAAGGUGCAGAACGUGAAAGCAGGCAGCGACGUCACCUUCCUCUGCACGGCCAGGAGCAAGUCCCCCGCUUACACGCUGGUGUGGACACGGCAGAACAACGGGAAGCUGCCCAGCCGCGCCAUGGACUUCAACGGCAUCCUGACCCUCCGGAACGUGCAGCCGGAGGACGCCGGCAUCUACAUUUGCACAGGCUCCAACAUGUUUGACAUGGACGAGGGGAUGGCCACCCUCUACGUGCAAGCUCCAUCGAAGACUCAGAUGUUCUAUGGUCCCGUAGAAAUGGUGGAAGGCCACAGACCUUCUGCCGCUGCUGUCCAGCCCACAGCCGCCAUUGAACCCUCCCAGCUGAGCGUCCAGACGGGCCAACCAGCCGAGUUUCGCUGCAUCGUGACCGGAAGCCCAGAGCCCACCAUAGAAUGGAGCGGAGGACCCGGGGGCGUGAUUUCCCCCAAGGCUGUUAUCCAGGGUGGGACCCUGCACUUCCCUGCGGUGGAGCCUGCCGACGAGUCCCAGUACCUGUGCCGAGUGCGAAAUAGCGUUGGGCAGCACAUGGCCCGAGCUUUCCUGCAAGUGCAACGCACCAGCGUCCCCCAAGUGCAGGUGAGCCCCGAACGGACCGAGGUGCAGGAGGGCAGCACCGUCAGACUGUACUGCCGGGCUGCGGGCUCCCCAGCGGCCACCAUCACCUGGGAGAAAGAGGGCGGCAGCUUGCCUCCCCAGUCCCACUCCGAGAGAACCGACAUCGCCACCCUGGUGAUUCCCUCCAUCACGGCUGCCGACGGAGGGGUGUACCUGUGUGUGGGCAGCAGCCCGAUGGGAGUCGGCAGAGGCCGCAUUGAAGUGGCAGUCAUUCGGGCAUCCGGCGUCUCACCCAUUGUCAAGAUCGAACCUUCAUCUUCUUCGGUCACUGAAGGCCAGGCCUUGGACCUGAAUUGCGUGGUGGCCGGCCACCCUACAGCAUCCGUCGUGUGGUACCGGCGGGGAGGGGCCCUGCCAGCCAACCACCAGAUCUACGGGUCCCUCCUGCGAAUCUUGGAGGUCUCGGCCGCUGACUCCGGGGAAUACGUCUGCCGAGUCAGCAACGGAGCCGGCCCGAAGGAAGCCUCCAUCAAGGUGACCAUCCAGAAGAGCCACACCUCCUCCCAAGGGCCAGUCCGGAUCGACUCUGCCUCCUCUUCCAUCACCGAGGGUCAGUCCUUGGACCUUGCCUGCCAGGUCACUGGCCUCUCGCAGCCCAGAGUCACUUGGUACAAGCGGGAAGGGCCCCUCCCAGCUAAUCGCAAGAUUUCCGGUCUCCAUUUGAGGAUUCUAAAAGCCACAGUAGCCGACUCGGGAGAAUACGUUUGUCGGGUGACGGAUGGUGACAGCGGCGGCGUUCGAGAGGCCUCCGUAGUGAUCACCGUGCACAGCAGCUCCAAAACCUCGGGAGUUACGCCUCCACUCUGGAUCGAGCCUUCGUCACUCUCCCUUGUCCCAGAACAAACCCUGGACUUGAAUUGUGUUGUGGCCGGCCAAACCGGUGCCACCAUCACGUGGUACAAACGAGGCGGAUCCUUGCCAGCCGGCCACCAGGUGUCCGGUUCCCACCUGCGCCUCCCCCGGCUCUCCCCGGCUGACCUGGGGGAAUACGUCUGCCGCGUCAGCCUGGAUUCCCUCACCCGAGAAGCUUCCGUCCUCAUCUCCCUCACCCGCUCUUCUUCCAGUAGGUGUGGGGGCUCCCUGCGAGGAGGGCUGGGCUUGCUGGGGCUGGCGGUCUCCUCACCCGCCCGUCUGCUCUCCCCAGCCUUUGGCGUGGCUCCCCCGGUGAGCAUCAAGGCCUCCUCGUCCGCCAUAGCUGAAGGGCAAACGCUGGAGCUGGACUGUGUGGUUGGCCAUCCGGAGCAGGCCCGGGUUACCUGGUACAGAAGGGGCGAAGCCCUGCCAGCCCACCACCAGGCCUCGGGAACUCGCCUGCGGCUGGUCAAGGUCUCUCCCGCCGAUUCCGGAGAGUACGUUUGCCGGGUCAGCUCCGACGCCGCCAGCCACGAAGUCUCUGUCUUGGUCACCGUCCAGCAACAGGAGGGCAGCCCUACUUUCCCCGCUGGGGUGAUCCCCCCUGUACGGAUCGAGCAUUCUUCCACCGUGCUCUCCGAGGGCCACACCUUAGACCUGAAAUGCAUCGUGGCUGCCUCUGUGCCGCAGGCAAAAGUCACCUGGUAUAAGCGAGGAGGGGCCCUUCCUGCCAGACACCAGGCCUCUGGCUUCCUCCUGCGCAUCCCACAGGCUUCACCAGCGGACUCUGGGGAAUACGUCUGCCGCGUGAGCCACGGCUCGGUCAUUCACGAGGCUUCGCUGGUGGUGACCAUCACAGGUCAAACGGGCUCUCCCUCUGUGGGUGUCACUGCCCCGAUCAGGAUCGAUAGUUCUUCCGCAGUCAUCUCCGAGGGGCAGACCUUGGACCUCAACUGCCUGGUAGCCGGCCAGUCUCAAGCCAGGGUCAUGUGGUACAAGCGUGAGGGUGCCCUCCCCGUCCACAGUCAGAUUUUCGGAACCCGCCUCCGGAUCUCGCAAGUUUCGGCGGCCGAUUCGGGCGAGUACGUCUGUUACGUGAACGAUGGCACCAGCCGACUGGAGACGUCCACCAUCGUAUCCAUUGCCAGCAGCUCAGGCGGCGCACCCACUUCUGGAGUGAUCUCACCGAUACAGAUUGAAUCGUCCUCCUCGUCCCUCGCCGAGGGGCAGACCAUGGAGCUGAACUGCCUUGUGGCUGGCCAGGCGCACCCCAAAGUCAACUGGUUCAAGAGAGGGGGACCCCUCCCACCGAACCACCAGGUCUCGGGCACUCGCCUCCGCAUCCCGCAGGUCUCUUCCGCCCACUCCGGCGAGUACGGCUGCCGCGUCAUCAGCCCCAACGCCGUCCAGGAGGCGGUGUUGGUGGUCACCAUCCAGGACAGCGAAGGCCCCUCCCACCCUGUGGGAACUGCUCCAGUCCUGAGGAUCGAGGCUUCCUCCUCCUCCGCCGUCGAAGGAGAGACCCUGGAUCUGUCAUGCGUUGCUCCAGGCCAGCCCCAGGCCACAUUCACCUGGUAUCGGCGAGAGGGUCAGCUGCCUGCGGGUCACCAGGUCUCCAAUGCCCACCUGCGACUGGUCCGACUCACCCCCGCCGACUCUGGCGAAUACGUCUGCCGUGUGAGUGGAGGCCGCGUCCCGCAAGAGGCGUCCUUCGUGGUCUCCGUCGUAGCCAACACCAGUCCUACUUCCCGUCUGCAGAGCCCCAUCAUCUCCAUCGAACCCCACAGCGUGGUGGUGCGUGGAGGGGAAGACGCCUCCUUCAGGUGCCAUGUCCACAAAGGCACCCCACCUCUCAAUAUCACCUGGAAGCUGCCCAACAACCGGCUGUUAGAUAACGUGAGGAUCAGCCCUAACGGCUCUGCGAUCACCAUCUCCAACGCCCGUCUGGAAAACCACGGGGCCUACCGUUGUGUGGUCUCCAACCAGUUUGGCAUUGCCAACAGCUUGGUCAACGUCCUGGUGCAAGGGCUGCCUACCGUCUCGGUGGUGCCGAAGGGGCCCCUGCAGCUCAAAGUGGGCAAGUCCAUCAGCGUGGACUGCCUGGCGGACGGGGACCCCAGGGCUGUGGUGCGCUGGACCAAACUGGGGACCUGGAAGAAGCUGGAGAACCAGAGGAUGCUGCCCUUGGAGAGCCGAGCGGUGCUACAGAUCUCCUCCGCAAAGCUGGGAGAUGCCGGCACCUACGUGUGUGUGGCCCAGAACUCGGUGGGCACCACGGAGGCGCAGGUGGAGGUGAGCGUGGAGGCGGUACAUGGCAGGAGAGGAGUCCCCGAAAUCCACAUGACUCCCACCCAGACAGUGCAGGCGGGACAGACGGCUCGGCUCCAUUGCUCUGCUACAGGUGACCCGACUCCCACCAUCCACUGGUCCAAGCUGCGGGCUCCGUUGCCGUGGCAGCAUCAGGUGGUGAACGACACCCUCAUCAUCCCCCGGGUGGCCCAGCAGGACUCGGGCCAGUACAUCUGCAACGCCAGCAACUCUGCGGGGUUCACCGAAGCCUUCGUGGUGCUGGACGUGGAGAUACCACCCUACGCCACCAGUCUUCCCAACCGAGCAGUGGUGCACGAGGGCGAUGCAGUGCAGCUGCAGUGCCUGGCCCACGGCACGCCCCCCUUGCGUUACCAGUGGACCAAAGUGAACGGCAGCCUGCCCGGACGGGCCACGGUGCGCGACGGGGUCUUGCAGUUCAGCCCGGCCGGGCACCAGGAUUCCGGCACCUACCGCUGUCACGUCAGCAACCGGGUGGGCUCCGCUGAGGCUUUGGCCCAGGUCUACGUGCAAGCCACUGCUGGAGGACCCCUCUCCAUCCAGAUCAACCCUCCGAGCGACACCAAAGCCGUGGGCGCCACAGCAGAGUUUGUGUGCUCCGUGUCCGGGGACCCCAGGGCGCAAAUCGAGUGGCUGAAAGAGGGCGGAGAGCUGCCUCCCACUCACACCAUCCGCAAUGGAGUGCUGCGGAUCGAGAAGCUGAACCCAGAGUGUCAGGGAAUCUACGUGUGUCGGGCCAGGAGUCCCUCUAGCCAGGCCCAGGGAAGGGUCAGCCUGACUGUCCGGGGAUGCGUGCGCCAGCUGAUCAUCCAAGGGAAGGAAGUGAUCUUCAAAGAUUUUGACCUGCAAGCCCACGGAGUCUCCAACUGCCCUACCUGCCAAGACCAACCCUGUCAGAACGGAGGCGUCUGCAUGGACUCGGAGAGCAGCAGCUACACAUGCAAGUGUGCCCAGGGAUUCGCCGGGAGCAACUGUGAGCACCCCCAGGCCCUGCGCUGUCAUCCAGAGGCCUGUGGGCCCGAUGCCACUUGCGUGAACCAAGCCUCCGGGGAAGGCUACACCUGCCGUUGCCUCUUGGGCCGACACGGGAAGAAGUGCAUGGCGGGCCUCACCGUGACGUCCCCCCACUUCCCGGGUGCAGACGCUUUCAUCUCCUACCCAACCCUCACCCGAAACCCCUACGAGCUGCGGCUGGAGGUCGAAGUCAAGCCGCUCUCCCCCAACGGCCUCGUCCUCUUCAACGGAGGCGACGGGACCCCCGUGGCCGACUUCGUCUCGCUCAACAUGGCCAAUGGGCACUUGGAGUUCCGCUAUGAGCUGGGCUCAGGUACCGCUGUGCUGCGGAGCCACAAGCCCCUGGCCCUCGGUCAGUGGCACAAGGUGGCGGCCGAGCGCCUGAACAAAGACGGCACCCUACAGGUGGACGAGGAGCGGCCCGUCAAGAGGUCGUCCCCCGGGAAAAGCCAGGGCCUCAACCUGCACACUUCUCUCUACCUUGGAGGAGUGGAGGACUCAGUCAAGCUCCCGGCAGCUGCCAACAUCUCCAACCACUUCCACGGGUGCAUCGGAGAGGUUUCGGUCAACGGGAAGAAGGUGGACAUUUCCUACAGCUUCCUGGAGAGUCGCGGCAUCUCGCAGUGCGCCGACAGCUCCCCUUGUGACCGCAGGCCUUGCCAAAACGGCGGGCAGUGUUUGCUCACGGGGGAGUACGAGUUCCAGUGCCUGUGUCCGGAUGGUUUCACGGGGGAACGCUGCGAGGUGCCCGAGGCCCACUGCCAGCUCCAUCACCCCUGCCUGAACGGGGGCAUCUGCAAGGGCACGGCCUGUCUCUGCCGCCAGGGCUUCUCGGGGCUGUACUGCGAACACGACGAACUGCAGCACCAGCUGAAAGCCGAAUGGCCGGAAGGCAGCGGAGGAAACGACGCUCCUGGACAGUACGGCGCCUAUUUCUGCAACGGGGGCUACGUGGCCUUGCCGAGGCACGCUUUCCCCAGGAGUCUUCCCGAGUCGCCAGAGACCAUCGAACUGGAAGUGCGGACCAGCUCUGCAAACGGGCUGCUUUUCUGGCAGGGGGUGGCCACGGGAGAGCCGAGUCCCCCGCCGCAUGUUGUUGCUAUCCAGGAGGAAGGGGAGCCAGGCAAAGCGAAGGACUUCAUUAGCCUCGGGCUGAAGGAUGGGCACCUGCUGUUCAGUUACCAGCUGGGAAGCGGAGAGGCCAACCUCCGCUCCGAAGACCCCGUGGACGAUGGCGAGUGGCAUCGAGUGACGGCUGUCCGGGAAGGGAAACGAGGAUCUCUUCAGGUGGACGGAGAGGAGGCGGUGACUGGUGAAUCUCCCGGCAGGAACGUCAUGGUCAACACCAAAGGCCGGAUCUAUUUAGGAGGCGCCCCCGACAUCCAGACGCUGACGGCCGGGAAAUACGCCUCGGGAAUCACGGGCUGCCUCAAAAACGUGAUUCUGGUGAACGCCCGGCCAGGCCAGGAGCCCCGGCAGCCGGUAGACCUGCAACACCAGGCGGAAAUGGCCCUGAACAUUCAGGAGUGCCCCUCAUAGGGGAGGCCCCACCACCAACAACCUUCCUUCCACCCUCCUGCUGUUCGUUGCCAUCGCCGGGCCGAGGGAGAGACAUCUACGCUGAUUAUCGUUAUUUUAUUAUUAUUAUUAUUAUUGUUAUUACUACCAAAAAAAAAUUUUUUUUUUUUUAAAAAAAAGGAAGAAACACACCAACGGUGCUUUUCGCUGCUGCCAAAAAAAAAGGGGGGGGAGGUGGAGGGAGUUGGCUAACAGCGGCGUCCUUGGCCUAGGCCGCGCGGGCCGCCUCGGAGGACCAGGGGGAGCCGUGCCGCGUUGCGCCAGAAGAGCUACAGGAGGAGGCCGGCUUACCGGAGAUCGGCAAGUGAGCCAGGAUGCCCGGAGGGCUGCUGUGUUGGCCCCCCGGCUGGCUGUGACUGACCAAAGAUCCUGCCCUCGCCCUCCCUGGGGCAGGGAGGGGAUCCCAGGGGCAUCCGGGAAGGUGGUCUCGGCAACGUCCUCCGUGCCCCAGCGAAUGCCAUGCGGGAGACGGGUCCUUCUGAAGUCCCGCCUCCGCCUCGUCGCCCCGCACAGCCGUAGCGGUUCUGAGAGGUGCUCUCCCCACACACCCCCAUUUUGCUAGCUGCCUUGAACCCUGGACCGUGCCUGGGAGUCCCGGGGCCUCGCCCCGUGGAAGGGGCCACCCUGCUUCACCCUGGGAAGUCUCUUUCCCCUCACCUUUAGGUUGCUUCAGUGCCUUAUUUGGGGAGGGGGACUUUCCUAAGGGAUGCACCUGCUAUCCCCCAGCCCAAUCUCCUCUCGCCCGCCCUCCGUUGCCUCCCGAGUGUUAUUUCCCACAGCAAAACUUCCGGAAAGGAGGCGGCGGCUGCUUCUUGGGGGCGGAGAGCAGAGGGGGCCCUCCUGCCUUCCAGCCCCCCUGCCUUUGGGUCAGAACCAGAAGGGGUUCUUUUAUGACAGCUUUCCAAGGAGAACUAGCCAGGCUCCAAAGAAACUUCCAUGGCUCAGGCAGGAGAUUGCUGACCGCUGGCCUCCUUGCCUUCCUUCUCCUGCCAGCCGGCCCCCAGCAAAGCGCUGAAGCCGGCAAACACUUUGGGCCUUGGGGGUGCCUGGUUCUACUUCAGCCGGGGGUCCCGCACUUCUCAUGUGGGCCUGGCUGCCCUGGGCGUUUUGGGGGGCAGCCCCCCACCCCCCGUGUCCAGGAUUGGACCCCCUCUUUGCUCCUCUCUCUUUGCUUCUCCCACCUUCCUUCCCUUGACCGUUCUUGUACUUCUUUUUCUUAAUAAAUGGUGCUGAACC